AUGAGCAAGAUCAGGACUUUGAACCGCCAGUUUAUAUCAAAUUUUGAGACACACAAGGCCGUCACUGAUGCAAAAAGAAACUUGAUCUUGUCCAUUCUCAAGUCCACGACAACAAAGAGGGAAGCAAAAAACUAUUUGUUAAAAUACCAAAACCAGUUUGAUUUUCCAGACUUGGAAUUUGCAAAAGCCAGUUCCGGCAAUGAGCAAUCAACUUUAAGCCGCAGAGAUAACCAGCGGGACUUGUUUAUCAGGCGCUUUUUGAGCAACCAAAACCCAUUCACCAACAUUUACGAUGGAGAAGAGGUGAAAUUGAAAAAAAUUCCAUUGAGAUUGGCCAUAUUUAAAAUAAAAUUCCCCAGCAUCACCCUAAGGCAAUGGAAAGGCAUUGCCGAGACUUUUAAAAGACUAAUAACGUUGGGAAUCUCGCCGAUAAUACUUUUGGAUUAUGAUCAUCUACCUACAGACUCUUUCAAAAAGAAUGAGUUGUACAUGAUUGACCAAGCCAACAAGAUGCUCUCGAUUCUUGGGAAACCCGAGGAACAACAGGACCUCAAAGCAACUGUUUUGCGAAAUUUGUUCACGUCCAAAGACGGACGCAUCAGCAUGGACAGCUUGGAGCUGAUUUUGAUUCCAUUGUACCAAGGCAUCGUUCCAAUCAUACAACCAAUUGUUUUCAAUGCCGACAACACGAUGCAAGAGUUUCUCAAAUGCAAUGCGCUUUUGUAUUCGCUAUGCUCGGCAUUGAUUGAGAAAAGAACCACUGAUCUUUUGACUGUGGAAAAGAUUGUGAUGAUUGAUCCUCUCGGGGGGAUCCCCUCGAUUGAACGAAACCAAACCAGCCACGUGUUUGUCAAUUUGUCGCAGGAGUACUCCGAAAUCUUAUCCGAGCUCUUUAUCGGCCACAUUGAGCCUAAAUUGAGAGAUUUGCACGUUGACAAUUUGAACAGCAUGAACGAGAUCCUUACUUUUAUUAGAGACAAGUCCGGGAAUGAUGAAACAACGGGUAUUGUAACGACACCGGAAAUCAUGUCCAUCAACAACGACCAGUUGAAUCCCAUCAUAUACAAUGUCUUGACUGACCGGUCGAUUAUAUCGUCCUCCCUUCCUAGCACCAACAAGCGCACGCCGCAGGUGUCCACCACUAUAAUCAAGAAAGGUGUCGAUGUGCAGAUCUUUGAUCGCGAUAGCUACGGCAGAGACCUCACGAUGGCAAACUUGUUUCAAGACAAGGUUGUCGAAAAGGACAAGUUGGUGAGCUUAUUGAAUGACUCGUUUGGCAAGCCUUUGAAGGUCGACGAGUAUUUCCAGCGUAUUAACGACAACCUAGCCACGUUUAUUCUCGUUGGCGACUACGACGGAGCUGCCAUCAUCACUUGGGAACAUAGCAAGAAACAGGGCGAGAGUAUUGCUUACUUGGACAAGUUCGCCAUCGCCAAGCGCAACCAGGGCCUCCCCGGUUUGGCCGAUAUCAUCUUCAAGAUCAUUUUGCAGUCGCACCCGACUGAACUCAUCUGGAGAUCAAGAAAAGUCAACCCGGUCAACAAGUGGUAUUUUGAAAGAUGCUGCGGAUGCAUAAGCUCUCCCGAAUCGCAGUGGAAAAUCUUUUACACGGGUGAAGUGUUUGAUAAGAAGAUUGACCGGUUGAGAAAAUCUACUCGACCCCAAAGUGGCCUGGUGAACAUCGGCGAAAAGCUCGAUGCCUACUCCGACAUUUGCGAGAACAUACCUCCCUCCUUUGCAUAA